AUGGCGACUGAAGCCCCACCAGCCGUUCCUUCGGCCGAGCUAGUCGCUCCCAGCGUUAAGCCUCAAGAGAUCUCGUUCACCUUGCCUAAAGCAUUGCAUACAACAGCACAUGUUCACUUGAACUUCUUGGACCAUUGUGCUAUGGUAUUCCUAGCUACCUCCUCGCCGGGUGAUUCGGGCGGCUCUAUCAAGCCCAUGGGGAGCUUCGUCUAUGCGAUGCCUGAUCGCACUUCAUCCAAGUCGACAAUAUCAACAACACUCUACACAUCACCAUCUAGCAUUGAAUACACAUCCCGCAUAGCCAAGAUAUUGGCCCGACGAUUUUCUGUCCCGGUCCAUGUUGGCUGCAGUAUUGACCCCCAUGGCAUGGGAUUGGAAGUCGCAGAGGAAAUGGAAGGGCUGACCAAGAUCAUCAACGUGAUCAUGGAGAAAUGGGAAGAGCACAAGCAGGAGAAGGCUGGAAGCGCUAAAUAA